AGCACAUAAACCUCUGCUAAGACAUCAUAUUAUAAACCACAUGCUUUGAUUUUUUUUGUAAUCAGACUCAUUUUUGAUAGCGUGCAAGGAAAAGUAUAGUUUAGUGAACACUGACAGUGUAAAGUGCAAACAAAGAAGAACUUUUAUCCCCAUUCCAUCUGUUUCACUAGGAACCUGUGAUUAAAUGUUCGGAGAAAGGAAAUCACUUGCUCAAUUAGUUCUAAGUGCCAUUACGUCAUAGGUGUGUAGUUCUCAUAAACCUAAUGCUCGUGUUCUUAAGGAGACUGUCAGUCUGGCUUAUGUUGAUCCAGUGUCUACCGACUGCAACCCACCAUUUCACAGAGACGAGCCCUGAAGCUGUAAAACAGUACAGACAGUUACACCAUAACAGCAACGAGUCUCAUGAUUUUUCUGUUAACUGAAAACAGAACUUUUAAGUCUUUACGUCUGGCACAGGGUUGCAGUGCUAUAUUCCUUUCAGCUUUAUUGAAGGUAUUGCAUGCAAAUAAUUUUGUCAGAAAACAAUGCCUUUGGAUCUGUAACAACAUGGAAGAGAGCUUUUCACGAGUUUGUUUGCUGCUGCAGAAAUCUUUGUGACUAUUUCAAGGAGCAGUACAAAUUGGAAACUUUUCAUCUGACUUUGAAACUUCACUUCAACACGCACACAGGAAAAGGAAUCAGAAUUAUCUCUGGAGACAAAACAGUUCCUUUCAGCGUUCUCCGAAUCAACAUGAAUUCAUUCAGCUGGACUUUGUGUCUGUUGUUAAUUAGUUUCAUGACUACAGGAGGCAAGAGGGAACAACAUCAAGCCAGAACCAACAUUGCAGUACAUUCUGUUGUUCAUAACCGCUACAGACGUUCACCUAAUAGCAGCAACAAAUGUUCCUACACGUUCUUGGUCCCAGAUCAAAGGAUAACUGGUCCAAUCUGUGUCAGUUCAAAGGGGCCAGAAAGGAAUUAUAAUGGAAUAACUAGGAUGGAUGUGGAGGACUUAAAGGACAUUAUGUCCAAACAGAAACGGCAAAUUGAAAACCUUGAACUCUUAGUGGAGGUGGAUGGCGGCGUUGUAAAUGAGGUAAAAUUGCUACGAAAGGAGAGUCGGAAUAUGAAUUCACGUGUAACACAGCUUUAUAUGCAGCUUCUCCAUGAGAUUAUUCGUAAAAGGGACAACUCACUGGAAAUUUCACAGCUAGAGAACAAAGUUCUUAAUUCCACAGCUGAAAUUCUGCAAAUGGCCACGAAGUAUAGACAACUGGAACAGAAGUAUGCAGUACUGUCUACUCUUGUUAAUAAUCAGUCUGUAGUCAUAACUAAAUUGGAGCAGGAAUGCAUUCGUAGCCUUACUCCAAGAGAAUAUGAGCCACCACCCCUUGUACAAGUUGUACCACAGUCCAUACCACGUAGCAGGCAAUACCAGAGCAAUUUGUUUGGUAGUAAUGAAAUACAAAGAGAUCAAAAUCCUGCAUUUACACGAGAACGGGGGCUUCGCUCCAGAGCAUCCUUGCAUGAACCUUCUCCUACAACUGCCAGUUCUUUGGAAUCAUCAGUUACCGAAGAGCCCGAUGGUCCAUGGAAGGACUGCUACCAUGUUCGACAGACUGGAUAUGCAAACAGUGGCAUGUAUUUAAUCAAACCAGAAGGCACAGAGAAACUAAUCCAAGUCUGGUGUGACCAUAGCCAUGAUCAGGGGGGCUGGACAGUCAUCCAGCGUAGGGUUGAUGGGGCAGUCAAUUUCUUCAGGAACUGGGAUAACUACAAGAGAGGAUUUGGCAACAUCGAUGGAGAGCACUGGCUUGGAUUAGAGAAUAUUUACAGGCUGACUGCACAAGGAAACUAUAAGCUAUACAUUAAACUGGAAGACUGGAAUGAUAAGAUAGUCUAUGCUGAGUACACUGACUUCAAAACAGAGGACGAAGAUGAUAACUAUAGGUUACGCAUUGGCAGCUAUCAAGGGAAUGCAGGAGACUCUUUAGCAUGGCACAAUGGCAAACAGUUUACAACACUCGACAGAGACAGAGAUUCAUACUCAGGUAACUGUGCCCACUUCCAUAAAGGUGGUUGGUGGUACAAUGCCUGUGCUCACUGUAAUUUGAAUGGAGUAUGGUAUCGUGGAGGUCAUUAUCGCAGCAAGUAUCAGGAUGGAAUUUACUGGGCUGAAUUUCGUGGAGGUUCCUACUCUCUUAAAAGUGUAGUAAUGAUGGUCAAACCUGAAUAACACACUGGUAAAUAAGUCACAUGUCCCCAAUGAAUACACUUAAGAAAAAUAAAGAGGUUGUUUCAAAUAUAGGUGCUUUGUUAAAAAAGCAUUAUGUUUCACAAUGUUAACAGAACAUUUAAUUUGUUACCUACAUAAAUGGAUUUAUUACCUUAUAAAAUACUACAAAUGCAAGGAUCUUUAAAGUGUUUUGCGCAUCUGUGUUCAACGAACUAUUUGCACUAUAGAGGAAAUAUGACUUUUCUGAUACAGGACAGCAUUACACAUGUGCCAUGAAUUUAACCAGAUUACUUUGUAAUCCAAUAAAACCACAAUGUUAUAACUAAUCUUUAGAUUAUAUUAAUACUAUAUUUUAUUGAAAGACUAUUGCUUGUUUAAUAAUCUGCUGUCAAACACACCGACUUUAUUCCAAUAACAUCUACAGGAUCCUCAUUAUUUUUGGUAAUGCUAAAAACAAUGAAAGGCAAUGUUGAAAUAUGUAUUUCACAAUGCCUUUCAUGUACUGAAGGUUAUUUUCAACAGAAUUUUGAGGAACAAUUAUCUCCAUAGAUUAUGAAUGCUAAUCCUUCUGAAUGAGAUGAAAAAUAAUUAAACUAGGGUUUAAAACAGUGUGCCAUGUAUCCUUAUAAACUUUGAAAUUUGAAAUCCUGAUCAUUGUUAGAUAUAGAAUACUCACAAGAAGAAAUGUUUACACCAUAUUUGAAUAUUUGUUGGCGCCUCAAUUUUUCCUUACGAUGAAAAUAUAUUGAAAUCUUGUAGGUGUUACUAAUCCUGAAAGCGGUCAGGUGGCCAUUAUUAACCACAGACAAAUAAAAUGGUUCAACUACAGAGAAAACUGUCAUAAUUUUACCAAAUGCUCAAUUCACCUGAAAUGCUGCAAACAAUGUGUUCAUGAUGAUCAUCACUGAACUAGAAAAUUAGACCUGUAUUUUAGAAUACCAUGAACUUCUAAUCAGGAAAGGUAGAAAUAAACUGUCUCUCUUCAGGAAUAAAGUAACAUAUUUACUCAUUAAGCCAGCUGGUGGCAUAGUGGCAUCAGUGCCGGACUUCAGAGCGAAGGCUCCCAAGUUCGAAUCCAACCGGGUCCCCUUGCAUGCUUUCCAUCUGUGAUGCGUUGAGUGUCGAGCUAGCAACUCGGCCUUGUAAAAAAUAAGAAAGCCUGCUAAAAAAAUGGCGUCCUGAUGACUCCACUUGGACUUAAGGGCUUUCUUCUUCUUCUUUUUCAUUUACUCAUUAAAGAAAAUGAGUAACUUCUUGAAAAUAAUUUUAUUACACUUGUUCUUGAUCAACACCUUGUGACUAUAAUCACUGUGUGCCAUAGCUGGGCUGUGGUGUGGAGACCAUAUCCCAUGACAGGCCUGCAACAAGAAGUUUGCUUUUUAUAAGUUUUCCAAAAUACCAGGUUGUUCAUAUUACUGGGGGCUUCCCCAUAAUAGCUGAUAACUGAACAAUAUGGUAAUUUAUGAAUUAUGUUAUGUUAUUGUUGGUUUGUUCACACAACUGAACCAAGAUUCCCAAAGUAUUAUAGGACAAAACUUGUAUCAUUUGAAGAAUGUACAACAGCUGUAUAUCAACACCAUACAAAAAUAUUUCCACUAAAUCACAUUAUACAUCUAUUAGAUUUAUUUACCUGGGUUACAAGAAGGCACAAUAAAGAAUCUUUUAAAAUGAACAAUUUAUUUAUUUGUCUGAACUAAGCUUUGUUAAAUUUCAACUAUUAAUCAUUGAUGAAAUAUCACCACUUAUUUCAUCUGUAUUUAGUCAAAACAUGUUAGUUCAGUCAAAACAUCCUUACAUCUCUGCAGUCAGGUAGUUGUAGGCAAAUUAAUGUCCGGUGACUUUUUGUCUAUUUAUUACAAAAUUAUUGAUUGUAAUUUAGUGAAAUUUUCAAAUCCAUGAAUGUUUUGACUUGUGGUAGUAUCCAACCCAGAUAUGAUAAUUAUAAGAUAAUCACUCAUAAAUCCAGUAAAAAAUACACCAGACAUGUCUUAAAAUGUGAAAGCUCCAUCACUAGAAGAAACUUGGAGUUCUUAGCAAACACAAUUAUGGGGAAGCUGGAUACGAUACAAACGAAAUGAAUGAAAAAAUAUGCUUAUGAUGUAGAUGGCAGAACAAUAGGAAACCCGUGAGGAAUCCACGCUGUUUUAGAAAGACACAGUUCUCUAUUGUAAAUUCUCAAAAAUACCAUACAAUUUCAAAUGGUGAAAGAUUAUCAUUUAAAGGAGAACAUAUUUAGAUCUGUCAAGGGUGACAAUGAAAUUCAGUUAAACUGCUCUAAUAUAUACCAAAUAUAGGGGAGGAAAUACUUAUAUAAACAAAUCUGGGUUGUAGAAUUUUAAGAAUGGGUUCUGGUCAACGCUGGUUGCUUAAAUAUGACAUUCGAGGGGAAAAAAAUCAGAUCUUAAUACAAGAUUAAUGUGAACACUUGUAAAUAGACAAUCUUAAGUUUCCGGUAAAAUUGUCUGGUUUUCUUAUUGAGAUUCAAAUUCCAAAAGUAAGUAUAAACCAUUAAUAAAAUAUUUGAUAGACUGCAAUUUCUUACUCUAACUUGCUAAUAUCUUAAAUUUUCAUUUCAUCAUUACUUUUUUUUCACAUUAUCCUCCAAAAUCCUUGAACAUGGUAUCAAUUCCAAAAUUGCAAACCUUGCACUAAAUUCUUUGCUUGAAUCACUCUGUGGGUUUCCAACCCUUGACAUUCCAAUUACUUUAAUUAAUUCUGUCUCUAAUGCAGUGACUUCCAAGUCAUUUCUCUCUACAUAAAAACAUUUUCCUCAUGUCUUUUGCCCUGCCCAGUUUGAUCCCAUGCUGCUUGCUGUGAUAGGAACAUCUUUCUUCUAUGCAACCAGUUCAAGCCCAUCAUAGUCUUCCAGAUAUCUGUUAAAUUUUCACGCAGAGUGGUGGGUGCGUGGAAUGGGCUGCCGGCAGCGGUGGUGGAGGUGGAAACAAUAGGGUCUUUUAAGAGACUCCUGGAUAGGUGCAUGGAGCUUAGAAAAAUAGAGGGCUGUGGGUAAGCCUAGGUAGUUCUAAGGUAAGGACACGUUCGGCACAGUUUUGUAGGCCGAAGGGCCUGUAUUGUGCUGUAGGUUUUCUAUGUUUCUUUAAUCUAAUGCUGCAUCUGAAAUACCUCAAACUUGAAUUCCUUCUAGUAAACUUCUCCCGUAGAUCAGGUCAAAGAAUAAAGUUUUAUAUUCUUUGAAUAUAAUGAUAUUACAUGAUAGGUAUUUGAUAACUUGUUAAAUGUAACCAUCUUUCAUUGCCUUCAUUGGUACAGGUGUUGAAUAUAAGAGUACAGAAGUCAUGCUGCAGCUAUCAAAAGCUUUAUUCACACCAUGAUUGCAGUACUGCAUGCAGUCCUGGUCGCCCCACUAUAGGAAGGAUGUGGAGAGACUAUGGAGAGAAUGCAGAAGAGAUUUACUAGAAUGCUGUCUCAAUUAGAGGAUAUGAAUUAUAAUGAAAGAUUGGAAAACUUGGGUUGUUCUCCCUAGAAUGUCAGAGGCUGAGGGGAGACCCGAGAGAGGCAUUUCAAAUUAUGAGCGGCAUUGUUCGGGUAGGCAGCCAAAACCUACCAACAGAUUAGAAAUGUCAAACAGCAGGGGACAUGAAACAAGGGAGGAGGGUUUAAAGGCAAUAUGAGGGGCAAGUUUUUUUUAAUACAGAGUGGUAGAUCCCUGGAAUAGGUUACCAGGGGUAAUAGUGAAACCAGGCAGCUUGUUACGAGUUUAAGCAGCUUUUAGACAGACACAUGAAUAUGAAGGGAAAAAAGAGGUAUGGAUGACACAGAAUGAAAUUUAGUGUAAAACUGGUUUCAAGAUAGUACAAAAUCAUGGCUGAAUAGGUUGUCCAAUACUGUACUGUUCUAUGCUCUAUAUAAUAAUUCUGUAAUUUCCCUGCAUUAUGCUUCUUGGUAGCAAAAGUACAAAAGUACCUUUCUUGCUUCUUAAUUCCAAUCCAAACAGUUUCUAUUCUUAUUCUUUCAAGGAUAUACUUUCACUCAAAACAGCCUCAAAACAUCUCUGGGGACCUAACCUGGUCCCAACAUAUUGAUGUAGCUAUAAAGAAGCCAAGACAGCGACUAGACUUCAUUACAAAUUUGAAGAGAUUUGGUAUGUCAACAAAUAUCCUCAAAACCUUAAGUAGAUAUACUGUGGCGAGCAUUCUGACAGACUGCGUCACUGUCUGCAUGGGAGGGAGGGAGCUAUUGCACAGGACCGAAAGAACUUGCAGAGGGUCGUAAAUUUAGCCGGCUCCAUCUUGGGUACUAGCCUACAAAGUACCUAGGACAUCUUCAAGGAGCAGUGUCUCAGAAAGGCAGCUUCCAUUAUUAAGGACCCCCAGCACCCAGGGCAUGCCUUUUUCUCAUUGUUACCAUAAGUUAGGGAGUACAGAAGCCUGGAGGCACACACUCAGUGAUUCAGGAACAGCUUCUUCCCCUCUGCCAUCUGAUUCUUAAAUGAAUAUUGAACCCGUGAACGCUACCUCACUUUUUUAAUAUGUAUUAUUUCUGUUCUUGCACGAUUUUUAAUCUAUUCAAUAUACAUAUACUGUAAUUUAUUUAUUUUCCUCUAUUAUGUAUUGCAUUGAACUGCUGCUGCUAAGUUAACAAAUUUCACGACACAUGCUGAUGAUAAUAAACCCGAUUCUGAUUCUAAUACAGAGUUCUUGUUUGAGACUGGAAUGCACUGUACGCUUCCAAGAGGUAUUCACACAGUCCUAAAUUCUGUCUUGUCUGACAGACAGCUCUUAAAACAUAUGAUCCAUAAAAAUUUCAGUCUCCCCAAGCUCUGAUGACCCCUGCUUCUCUCCAAGCUAGGUCCUGUGCUUGAACUUGAUCACAUUCCUUCACAAAGAGUUUGAAUAAUAAUGAAGUCAUCAUAAUAACAAUAUAAUAACAACCAAAGCCAAAUCCAACCAAGUUCAUCAAUUCAUUGAUGCAUUGAUAAGUAUAUGAUCCAUCUUUGGCAACUGUGUGUGUGAUACUUAACUGGCAUUUUAUUAUCACCUUUAAAAAUAGAUGCAAAGUGAAGUUAGGAGAACAUAAGUGAUCCAUUUCUGCCUUUAAAGCUACUUUGUUGAAUAUUGAGGAGUAUUCACUUUUAAUAAACUUCUAUUAAAAAGAUUACUGAGCAAAAUCUCAAAUCAUAUAUGCAACCUGAAAACAAAAUGGCAACUAGACCAGUUUUAGAAUAAACACUUCCAAACAUUCUCCAAAGCUGGAGAACUCUCAUUCAUUUGUUUAAACCUUUUUAUUCAACCAGGUAUCUUUGUGAUGUUUUCCUUGGUGUGACUUAAGUUUCAUAUUUAGUUUACUCUUCUCUGAUCACCCACCUCAUUCUGCUUAUACACUCAAUGGCCACUUUAAUACGAACAUCUGUAUACCUGCUUGUUGAUGUAAAUAUCUAAUCAGCCAAUCAUGCAUGCAUAAAAGCGUGCAGACAUGGUCAAGAUUUUCAGUUGUUGUUCAAGCUAAACAGAGUGGAGGACAAAUGCUAUCUAGUUGACUUUGACCAUGGAAUGACUUUAGAUGGCAGACAGGAUGGUUUGAGUAUCUCCUGAGAUUUUCACAGACAACAGUCUCUAGAAUUUAGAGAAUGGUGUGAAAAACAAAAUAAACAUCCAGCAACUGGUAGCUCUGUGGGCAAAAACACUUUGUUAAUGAGAGAGGUCAGAGGAGAAUGGCCAGACUGGUUCAAGCUGACAGGAAGCUGACAGUAACUCAAAUAACCAUGAGUUACAAGUGGUGUGCAGAAAAGCAGCUUUGAAUGCACAACGCAUCAAACCUUGAAGAGGAUGGGCUACAGCAGCAGAAGACCAUGAACAUACACUCAGUGGCCACUUCAUUAGGUGCAUCAUACAAAACUAUUGUUGUUCAUUCUCCUUGAAAUAGUAACGAACUUAAUUUGGACUAACGAAGGAUGUCUUUAUCAAGUACAAGAUGUUAACAUAAUUUUCCUCAACUGAAAUAAGAUGAACAAACUUUUCCUUCCUCUCAAAUAAAUGACAUAACAUUUUGAAAGACGUAACAAACUUUCACUUAAUUCAGUGCCAUGUAAGAAUGGAAAAAAAACUAUUUUAAUAUUCCUCAGAUUUCAGUCCGUAAAUUACAUACCUACAGUAUUUUCCUUUGCUGUUGUGAGAUUACUCUCACUGGAUUAUUUUUUAUAUCAAUCUAGUGAGAGUAAUCUUACAAAUGUAAAAGAAAAUAAUAAUCUUGGUUCUGUCACAUUUUGUAUUUUUGAGUUAGUCUAUCCAAAAGCCUAGCCAGUAUUUGACUCUACAAAACUCUCCCAAGAUCACAAUCUGACCAAUAAUUAAAAGCUUUCUUCACAUGGUAUUGCAUUUUUGUUUAGAAAAUUGUAAUGCAGCCUGCAAUACAUUUAACCUUAUCUACCUCUUCUCAAAAUCAUGCUCCAUUAUUAUUGAUUGUAUGGCAAAAUAGUUGGUUGAAUUAUUUAUGGCCAGAUUCAAUCUUUUGCAUCUGCAGUUUAACAUCCCUUGUGUUUUAAAAGCCAUCUCUUGUACUGAUGCCCAAGCAUGGUGAUCUGCCUCAAUGAUUACCAUUCUGUCAUGCUUAUAUGAACCAUAAUGAAAUACUUAUUGAGAUCAAUUAUGGCACUAAUCAACUCCUGCUUCAGGGUUAAUACGAAUCAGCUCCAAUUAACCUACCACCACAACAGGUCAAUGACAGCUGCCAUUUCUCUGGCUCUGCACUCUGCUUAAGACAAUCUGGGCAACAGGAACUCAUAUAUCAGGCUGCUGCAGAAAGAAGGCAAACACUCGACAUUGGGGGACUGAUGCUGGAGAGUCAGCAGCCAUCAAUUUCUGUACAUUAACAUAUCACAAAACCUGUCCUGGGCUCAGCACAUAGAUUCAAGCACAAGGAAGGCUUGCAAGCUUUAUCAAUUUCUUAAAAAAUUUAAGAAGGUUAAAGAAGUUCAUCUUGUCACAAACACUAACAAAUUUCUACAAAUACAGUUGAAAGUAUCCUGACUAGUUGUGUCAGGAUCUGAUAUACCAAUUUGAAUAUGCAGGAAUGCAAGAAGAUGCAGAGAGUAGUGGAUUUGGCUUAAUACAUCAUGGGCACAUCCCUGCCCAACAUUGAUAAUAUCUACAAGAAGGUUUUGCCUCAAGAAAGCAAAACCCGUCCAUCUAAGAUCCAACUUAAGAAGACUGAAGUCCAACUCCACCAUGUUCAAGAACAGAAACUUCCUUUUAACCAUUUGGUUUUUGAACCAAUUGAUACACCCCUAAUCAUUAGAGUUUAGCUGUAUCACUUUUCGUCCCUCUUCCCUCCGGGAGAAGGCUCAGGAGCUUGAAGACUCGUACAGCCAGAUUUGGGAACAGCUUCUUUCCAACUGUGAUAAGACUGCUGAACGGAUCCUGACCCGGAUCUGGGCUGUACCCACCAAAUAUCUGGACGUGCAUCUCAGUUUUUUUGUAUUACCUUACUUUCCAUUUUUCGAAUUUUUCUAUUUAUGAUUUAUAAUUUAAAUUUUUAAUAUUUACUAUCGAUUUGUAAUCCAGGGAGUGGGAAGCGCAGAAUCAAAUAUCGCUAUGAUGAUUGUACGUUCUAGUAUCAAUUGUUUGGCGACUAUAAAGUAUAAAGUAUUUUUGUUCUGUUAUUUCUUGCAAAAUAAUAAUAAAUAAUAACAAAUAAUAAUGAUUAAUGUACAUUUCUCUUAUGAAUCUUCUGUAUCUGAUGCCAUGUGCCUAUGAAGCUGCUGCAAGUGAGUUUUUCAUUACACCUUUGCAUAUUACAAUAAACGACCUUGACUUUGAAGUAUGAUGACACAUAGGUAAAGUGCCUAUUAAGGCUUUUGGAAUAUUAUCCCUUAAAUAGAGAGGAAGUGAAUUUUGAAAUAGGUACAUGCUACAAAUGUGCAAUCAUUUGAUAAGCCACAUCUAAACAUAAAGCACAGACAUUGUCACAAUGUAAGAAUCAGAAACAGGUUUAUUAGAUGAUGUGAAAAUUGUUGUUUUGCAACAACAGUACAGUAUAAACAUAAAAUUACUAUAAAUUACAAAACAAAUAAAUAGUGCAAUAAUGAAUAAUAAGGCAGUGUUCAUCGAUUCUGGACUGUUCAGAAUCUGAUGGUGGAGAGAAAGGUGUUUCUGAAUCAUUGAGUGUGCAUCUUUAGGGCUCCUGUGCCUCCUCCCUGAUGGUAGUAACAAAAGGGUCAUGCCCUGUAAGGUGAACGUCUUCAAUGAUGGAUGCUGCCUUCUUGAAGCACCAACUCUUGAUAUCCUUGAAGAUAGGAAUGAUUGUGCCUAUGAUAGAGCUUGCUGAGUCUACAACAUUCUCUAGCCUCUUGCUAUCCUCUGCAUUGGAGUUUCCAUUCCAGCCUGUGAUGUAACCAAUCAGAAUGCUCUCCGCCAAAAAUCAAAAGAAAGUUUUAAGAUUAUUUUGUGACAUACCAAAUCUCCUCAAACAUCUGUCCUUUUCAUGAUUGCAUCAAUGCAUUUUGCACAGGAUGGACCCACAAGAUGUUGACACCCAGGAACUUAAAGAUCCUUACCCUUUCUACCACUGACAGCUCAACAAGAACUGGUGUGUGUUCUUCCAAUUUCCCCUUAUGAAGUUAACAAUCAAUUCCUUGCUGACAUUGAGUGCGAGGUUGUGGUUGUUCUUACUGCCGCAUGCCCCCCAUCGCUGUCUUGAGUUUUUACCAGCAGUAGUGCUGAGAUCUGUGAAUUUAUAGAUGCUGGUUUAGCUGUGCUUAGCCACACAGUAGAGCAGUGGGCAAAGUACACAUAUUCGAAGUGCACCUGUGUUGAUUGUCAGUGAGAUGUUAUUAUCUAUCUCUACUGUCAAUACAUUCCUGAUGAGAAGUCAAGGGUCCAAUUGUAGAGAUGUACAGAGGUUUUUUUUUAAACGCAAACACGAGGAAUUCUGCAGAUGCUGGAAAUUCAAGCAACACACAUCAAGGUUGCUGGUGAUGCUGCCUGGCCUGCUGCGUUCACCAGCAACUUUGAUGUACGUUGCUUGAAGUACAGAGGUCCAGGUUUAGAAGCUUAGGAUGGUUAAUUCUGAGGGGAUGAUGGCAUUGAAUGCAAGCUGUAAUCCAUAAACACCAGUCUGGUCUAUGUUUUGGUGUUGUACAUGAUUAGCCACAGUCUAGUCGAUGCUUAUGGGUUUUGUUGUCAUCACUGAGAAAUCUAUGAAGAUAGACUGAAUUGUUGGAAAGUAAUCAAUAAAGGAGUUAAAAACAAAUAUCCGAAGUUCCUGGAUUUAUUUAACUGAUAACAGGAAACAUGAGCGGUUGAGAAAAAGUUCUAUGGACAGAGAACCACAGAAAAUGUUUCAAGGUGAUGACCUUUCAUCAGAACAUUUUCAUCAGGCCAAAGACAGAUGUCAAAAUGGAAUAUUACAGUACCAAGAACUAGAGGCUUGGGGUCAUCCAUUCGAGAGUUCAGGGGCUUUCUGCAAAGCAUUCACACAUUCAGCAUUUGGAUUCUCCAAUGAGGGAGGUUCACUGAAAUGCUAGUACAUCAGUGCUUCAUUUGGAAGGAGUAUUUAGGUCCAUGGAUGAUUUAGGUACACCAGUACAUGCGCUUGUUAAUGCGGAUAUCUAAUCAGCCAAUCAUAUGGCAUCAACUCAAUGCAUAAAAGCAUACAAACAUGGUCAAGAAUUCAGUUGUUGUUCAGACCAAAUCUGAAUGGGGAAGAAAUAUGAUUUAAGUGACUUUGAUCAUGCAAUGAUUGUUGUUGCGGGGCGGCGGGGGGGCUGGUUUGAGUAUCUCAGAAACUGCUGAUUUCCAGAGAUUUUCACACACAACAGUCUCUGCAGUUUACAGAGAAUGGUGCAAGAAACAAAAAAAUAAUCCAGCAAGCAGUAGUCCUGUGGGCAAUAACACCUUGUUAAUAAGCGAGACCAGAGGUGAAUGGCCAGACUGGUUCAAGCUGACAGGAAGGCAGCAGUAACUCAAAUAACUUCGCAUUACAACAUUGGUGUGCAGAAGAGCAUCACUGAAUGCACAAUACGUCGAGCCUUGAAGUUGAUAGGCUACAGCAGCAGAAGACCAUGAACAUGCACUCAGUGGCCAUUUUAUUAGGUACAGUAGGUACCGUACUAAGUUUCCACUGAGUGUAGAUAGAAAGGACAGCUGUUAUAUCACCUACACCUGAAUGGGGAAGGCAAUUGGAGGGAAUUGAAGAGUACAGUCAGUGGCAAAUGACGCUUUGGACUGUUAGAAGAUUUAUUUAACUCAGGAAGUAAACAUGAUCUCUUCCAUUCCCUAGUCCAAGAAUCCCAUUGACAUAAAUGAGUUCUCUGGUCCGAUACCAUCCGCCACUUAACUUGCAAACUAAUCUGCUACAGUCCAGGAUUAACUUGCAUACAAAUAGCUGAACAAUGAAAGUUCUUUCCAGAGUUAACUGUUGGCAUUUAUGUUUCACACUAAUUAUUAAAUACAAGAAUAUGAGAACAUUUAAAAACAUUAAAAUCAACUCAAAUGAAGAAAAGUAAAUUGUCUUUAACUUGCUCUUCCAUUUUGAAAUGAUUAUCUGCAUUAAAAUCAAUAGAUUUAUUGAACAAUGGUUUAGUUGGCAGGGUACUCAGCCCAAUUAUUGGGAAGUCUAUCAAUAUCUACACUCACCCACUAGAUUCUAUGAAGUGUUCACAAUACAGGCCGUACCCAAGUUACAUAAGUGCUCUGUUCCUGAGAAACAUCAGCAAACCAUUUCUCCUCCAGUCAAAACAUGUACGUUUUAUUUUGUUACCUAUAUUAUAUUGUUCCACCUACAUUUGCUAUAAGACUUCACCAAAGUUGGAUAUUACCUUGGUUUAUUUACUUUCACCCUAACACUACUCAUAAUUAAACUAAUGAAAUUUUUACUAUACCCAGUCAUAAAUAUCAAAACAUUUUAUUAUUAUUGCUACUACUAUCACUACCAUCUUGAAAAUGCUUUAAAAAUGUAUGGGAGAAUUUGUGAGAAACCAGGUUUCCAUAUUCAACUGAUCCAUAACCCUGUAAAGGAACAUUAUUACAAUGGGUUGUUAGAAGUCUAGAAUGUUUACUUUUGCUCAAUUCCUCCAUUCAAACAUAUUGUAUGCAGAUUUAACACACAGUUCACAGCUAAAAUGUGAACUCAAUCAGAAAUUUUUAUAGAACAUAGAAUAGUACAGAACAGUACAGGCCCUUUGGCCCACAAUGUUGUGCCGACCCUCAAACCCUGCCUCCCAUAUAACCCCCCACCUUAGAUUCCUCCAUAUACCUGUCUAGUAGUCUCUUAAACUUCACGAGCGUAUCAGCCUCCACCACUGACUCAGGCAGCGCAUUCCAUGCACCAACCACUCUCUGAGUAAAAAGCCUUCCUCUAAUAUCCCUCUUGAACUUCCCACCCCUUACCUUAAAGCCAUGUUCUCUUGUACUGAGCAGUGGCGCCCUGGGGAAGAGGUGCUGGCUAACCACUCUAUCUAUUCCUCUUGUUAUCUUGUACACCUCUAUCAUGUCUCCUCUCAUCCUCCUUCUCUCCAAAGAGUAAAGCCCCAGGUCCCUUAAUCUCUGAUCAUAAUGCAUACUUUCUAAACCAGGCAGCAUCCUGGUAAAUCUCCUCUGUACCCUUUCCAAUGCCUCCACAUCCUUCCUGUAGUGAGGUGACC